AUGCGCGCAAUUGUUCUUUUGUGCGCCCUGCUCGGCCUCAGCAUGUUGGUCUCUGUAAAUGGCAAAAUUCUUUUCCAUGAAGAUUUCAGCAGCCUUGACAAGUGGGUUCAGUCUAAAGAGCGUGAUGAUUAUGGCAAGGUGGAGCUCUCCGCUGGUAAAAAUGAGCCUGAAGGAUCAAGCAACAAGAAGGGACUGCGCCUCACAGAGGAUGCCCGUUUUUAUGCCAUUUCCACAGAAUUUCCAACUCCCAUAUCGAAUGAGAACAAGGAACUUGUUUUCUCUUUUGUUGUGAAGCAUGAGCAGGACCUUAAGUGUGGUGGUGCCUACCUCAAGUAUUUGCCGGCGAUGGACCCUACCAAGUUUAAUGGUGAGAGCAAGUACUGGCUGAUGUUUGGCCCGGAUCGCUGUGGAAGCAAGAAUAAGGUUCACAUCAUCCUGCACUACAAUGGUGUGAAUCAUGAGUGGAGUAAGAACUUCCGCUACCCAGAGGACAGCAUCACGCACGCCUACACCCUGCGCAUUGCCCCUGACAACAGCUACUCCUUCUACUUAGAUGGCCAGGAGCGGAUGAAGGGCACACUGGAGGAGGACUGGUCGCUGCUGCCCGCGAAGGAGAUCGCCGACCCCAGUGAUGUGAAGCCGGCGGAUUGGGUGGAUGAGCCGACGAUUGUCGACCCCAACGAUGUGAAGCCGGCCGAUUGGGAUAAUGAACCCGCGAUGAUUCCCGACACGGAGGCGAAGCGGCCAGACGACUGGGACGACGCGGAGGACGGCGAGUGGGAGGCGCCGAUGGUGCCAAACCCGAAUGCGAAGGGCGAGUGGCACCCCAAGCGGAUUCCAAACCCCGCCUACAAGGGAGAGUGGGCCCCACGCAUGAUUCCAAACCCGGAGUACAAGGAAGAUAAGGAACUGUAUAAGGUGCGGGAGCCACUCGCACACGUUGGUAUUGAUGUCUGGCAGGUGGAAUCGGGAAGCAUCUUUCGGGAUAUCAUCAUUGGCGAUGAUGUGAAUGAGGUGCUGGAGAUGGUGAAGAAGACCGUCGAGGAGGAGCGCAAGAAGGAAGAAGCGGAAAAGGAAAAAAAAGAGGCAGAUGCCAAGAAGGAAGAAGAGAAGAAGGAAGGAGAGAAGAAGGAAGCUGAUGAGGAUAAGGGAGACUUGUAG